CUCGACCAACAACGCAAGGCACGCGCCUUUCUGCAAGAGAAGGUCAAGAACGACUGGUCGUACCCCAACGCUCCUCACGAUCUUCCUUGGAACGAUCAAGCCUCACCCGACGGCCUAGAUCCAGCGACGAUAGCUGGUUGGCGCGAACGCGAAUACAGUGACGGUGAGGACUCUGGCUCCGACGAUGAUGCAGCUCCUGUAUACGAAACUCCGGAGUCAGUGGGCGACACUCUCGGCGCCCGCAAAGCACAGCGACGCCUACGACGACAACGAAGACUGGAGAGGGACAUGAAGAAGAACAUCGGUCUUGCACACUGGAGUGCCCAGAGAAAUGCUUGGACAAAUGCUCAAUACAAGGACUCCGUCAACCAGCCACAAGCACCUGCAGCUUCGGGUCCAGCGACAGCGACAAGACCAGUGACAGGAGCUUCACCAGACGCCGAACUGUUGAUCCCUGUCGCACGCCAACUCCUGCCUGACAACCCAAUCCGCAGUCGCAUAUCAACUUCCACAUACUCGGACAUCUAUACGAAAAUCAUUCUCCAAGGCCGAACACCCUCUAUACCUAUCAACUUGUCCGACAUUACUCGAUCCCUCGUACAGGGCUGGAAAGAGGAGGGCAAUUGGCCACCAAAGCCUACGCCAGCAGAGCCCAGUCUGGUCAAGAAG